UCCUGUGGUAACUACCCAAGUGGCAGUCUGACGCUCCUACUGAGCUUCCUUCAGCACUGGUGGAGCGCCAGCCACGCCAGCCACACCAGCCACGCCAGCCACACCAGCCACGCCAGCCACACCAGCCACGCCAGCCACGCCAGCCACGCCAGCCACGCCAGCCACGCCAGCCACGCCAGCCACACCAGCCACGCCAGCCACACCAGCCACGCCAGCCACGCCAGCCAAGCCAGCCACACCAGCCACGCCAGACGCAGCACCUGCGCCACCACCUCCACCCGCGCCACCACCGGGUUCUGGCUCUCGACUGGGCUGCUCUUCUCACCUUGCUCAUCUCUCCAGCACACUCCUACACAUCCUGCAACUCACAGGAGAGAGAGCAGCUUAUGUCUUCGUAAGACGUCUUGGAAGCUGACAGCGAAUAGUCAAUAACUUCUUGAAAGUGAUUAUUGAACAUUGCAUCAGAAGAACACCAGGAGCGCGCACACCCAUCAGGAAGUUUGCAUGUAAGAAUGGAUGCCAACAUCGCAGUUUGUGCAGGAAAUGAAACGCGGCUUCUAGUCUACUUCCUGUUGAUUGUGUGCUUGGCGGGAACGUCUGCCGCCACCAACGUCUUGCCAGUGUCUGAUUUCCACAAUGCCAGAGAGCCAUCAGUCUUCGGUACACCAGGUUCCAAAUCUCUUGAGCGACUCAUCAGGGCUGAGCUCCUGAAGCCUCGAGUGCUCGAGGAGGAACAAUCCAGGAGUCACAUACCUUCCGAUGAUUCCUCGAGCCAAAUGUCCAUGAGCAGUAUUCCACUUGAUAGUUCCGCAAGCACACCAUACCCAGAAUACUCCCCUUCUCAGGAUACCACAGAUACCAUGAUCGGUGAAGAUGACGUGUUAGACCAUGACAUACCAGAGGAACCCACUGGAGACACUCAUAACGAAAGUGAGAUUUCUCAGGAUUCUGCUAACGGAAGUCCCACAACGAUUCACAAACCAGAAAGUACGAUUCCUACGCUUAGUGCUUCUCUCGACAAGCUUGACGAAACAAUACACAAUCACCGACAAGAACCUCCCUACAGAAUAUUCUCAAUUCCAUCAAAGCCCACAACUGAAAUAUCUCAAGUUAACCAGAUGGUCGGAAAUGGUCAUAUUCCCCUCCCCAUGGUGCCCAUGCACCACUUUCCACCCCAAGAACCUGGAACCUCGACGAAUCACUUCCUGCCUCAGAUCCCAAACAAUCGGGUACCGCCAGGCCACUUCACUAACGAGGGAUCCUCUAAAUGGAAUCCCCAUGAGAGCCACUUUUCCCAAGAGCCGCAUAACGCAAUCCCAUCAAACCACUUUUCAUCCCAAGAGCACAUGGGAGCGAUGCCUCCAGCUCAUUCAGUCCCACAGACACGCUUAGACACCAUGCCUCCGAGCCACAACACGUUCCAGAGCCCCUGGAACAUGUUGCCUGGAAGUCACCAUUUCAGCAAGGAAGUCCGCAACGAUGGUGACGACUGCAACCUCACGAAGAAGCUCUUCAACUGGGGCAACUUCAUCACUGCGGCUGUUGACGAACUAUCAGCGCGCAUGAUACAAAAUGAGGAGUAUGUGUUGCUGGACCACUACUGUAUGUAUUUCACCCGCCCCUACUUAUCUCGCUGGAAGAUAAGGAUCCUGGCUGAUGUUUGGUGCCCAGGCUGGACCACCAUCACUGGCUCUGCAUUCAGCAAAAAGGCCGCCAACAGCAUCAAGCUCGCGACGCUGGACUUCGUGAAGAAGGUGGUGGCUGCUGGUCUGGCCGCAGAGGAAGACGCCCGGUUCUGGUACAACAACAAUCCCAAAUUUAAGGUUUAAUGAGGCACGUUUUUGUGUAUCACUCUACGUUCAUCCACCUAAAUUGGUUGGUACAGAACAGCCUCGAUUCUUGCAGUCAGCGUUCGAUGCUCGAUGGUACAUGUGGUUGGGCACAGUUCCUUCACCCUGUCCGUGUCCCAGCACUUACGUUUUGCGAAUCCCAGUUGUUAGUCUGUCUUAUAUCCCAGCUCUAAGUCCUCAUUUCCCAGGCCUUAGUCAGUCUCAUAUCCAUACCAAGUGCUAUGUCCUAAUAAUUACCCUAACCUUAUUUACGGUAUAUUCUAAAAUUAUAUAUAAACUCUAUAUAAACUUUAUGCCUGAAAAGAUUCUUGAAAACUAAAUAUUAAAUUGCCUCAUUUGACCACGGAAAGUUUAACAUGAUAUUGUUACUUAUAAAUACAAUAUAUUAUGAAAA